AUGGACUUGCUCCGGGAGGAGGAGGAGGAAGGGGAAGCGGGCGGGGCGGGCGCAGCUCCGGAGCGGGAGGCGCGAAGCCCACGGCCGCCCCCUCGAGUCCCGGCGCUGGCCCAGGGCAGGGCGGGGCCGGAGGCGCCUCUCCCGCCUCUUCAUUGGCUGCCAGGAGCCCGGGCAGCGGCCAAUCAAGCCCUCCUGGACCCAGUAACCCCCCCCCGACGGCAACAUCUGGAGUUCGUUAGAGGCUCGGCGGGCGCAGCUGCUGCAGCGCCGCCGGCUGCCCGCCCCGUCGGGGAUGCUGCCUCGAGAUACGCACCGAUCUGCGAUGGCAAGGGUCAAGCGGAGCUGGAGAGCAAAAGAAAACUUCUGGAGAACAAGAUUCAGUUACUGCUGCACAUCCCGGACGGAAGUGGCGGUGAGGGCGGGCAGAGUGCCUCUGGGCAUGUGCAGUGCGCCCUUGUCACCGGAAACCUUUCCGCAAUCCCACUGUACCCAACCUAUUACCCUUCCCGGGCGGCACCUCUCGUUUCCUCGAGCCUUUGCCGCCUGCCGUCUAGAAGGGGAUUCCCUCCCUCUCGCUUGCUCCCGUCCCCCCCCCCUUCCCACAGACAGCCGCGAUUCCUUCCCCGCUCCCCGUGGGAACAAACGGCCCCUUCUCCGCCCUCCCGGCGAGGCCAGCGCUUCCUUCUCUUAGCCCCCGCCCCACCUCUUUGGCUCUCUUGCUCCCGCCCCGUCUGCGGGAGGCCGUCCACCCUCCUGCGCAUCCUCCCCGCCCCGCGCCCCUUCAUAGGCACGGCUCGUCCCGCCGCGCCGCCCCACACGCGUCCCGCCCAUCCCGCCCCGUCGAGGCGCACGCUCUCGCCCGCCGCCGGCUCCAUGGACGGCGGCGGCGCUUACCGCUGCCGCGCCAACCGGCACCUGGAGGGCGGCCAGUCGGCGCUGCCGGGCUCGCUGCUCUUCGCGGCCGGCCUGCUGGGCAACGUGCUGGCGCUGGGGAUCCUGUGGCAGCACCAGCUCCGCGCGCGGCUGCAGCGCGCCGGCGGCUGGGGGCGCCCAAGGGCGUCCGCCUUCUACCUCCUGGUGAGCGCCUUGGCCGCCACCGACCUGCUGGGAAAGUGCCUGCUCAGCCCCAUCGUCCUGGCCGCCUAUGCGCGCAACCGCAGCCUCAGCGAGCUCUGGCCGCCGCCAGCAACCGCCGUCGGGGAAGACGCAGCCGCCGGCGCUGGAGACGCGAGCCCCGGGAGCCUGUGCCAGCUCUUCGCCUUCCUGAUGGCUUUCUUCGGCCUGGCGCCCACCAUGCUGCUACUAGCCAUGGCCCUGGAGUGCUGCCUGUCGCUGGGCCACCCCUACUUCUACCAGCGCCACACCAGCCGGCGCCUGGGCGCGCUGCUAACCGUCGCGGCGGGCGCGCUGUGCGCCCUCUUCUGCGCCCUGCCUCUGCUGGGCUUUGGUGCCAUCGUGCAGUACUGCCCGGGCACCUGGUGCUUCAUCCGCAUGGCCGGCGGCGGGCGGGCCUACUCGGUGCUCUACGCCAGCCUCCUGGGCGCGCUGGGACUCGCCAUCGGGCUCUGCAACCUGGCCAGCAUGCGCAGCCUCUACCGCAUGGCGCGCCGGCAGCCCCCGCGAAGGAGCCAGCCGGCCGGAGCGCACGAAAGCGGCGGUGGCACGGGCGCCCCGUCGGCCGCGCCUCCCUACGCCGGCCGCACCGAGGAGCUGGGCCAGCUGGUCUUGCUGGCUCUCAUGACCGCCCUCUUCACCGUCUGCUCCCUCCCCAUGAUCGUCCGUGCUUACAUUGGCGCAUUUGCCCCGGAUUUCGACGAGAAAGGAGACCUCACGGCCCUCCGAUUCUUCUCCGUGAACUCCAUCGUGGACCCCUGGGUCCUCAUUAUUUUCCGGACGUCCCUGUUCCGCAGUUGCCUCCGCCGGGUUUCGAGGAGGCUGAGCUCAAAAAGGACCCCGGAAUCUCAGCUGCUGGAAACUUGGGAGCGGAAAGGAUCUGGUCCUCUGCAGUGA